AUGGUGAAGUUUAUAAUGGAUGAUAUAGCAUCACUGGUUAUAGACAAUGGGUCGGGUAUGUGUAAGGCGGGCUAUGGAGGAGAUGAUGCCCCAUCCACCGUUUUUCCAUCGAUUGUUGGAAGGCCGAAACAUCAGGGAAUAAUGAUUGGAGCGAACAUUCGGGAUUAUUAUGUCGGCGACGAGGCUCAGACCUACCGUGGUGUCCUUUCUUUAACAUAUCCAAUAGAACAUGGAAUAGUGACGAACUGGGAUGACAUGGAAAAAGUAUGGAACCAUACAUUUUAUCACGAGCUCCGUGUUUACCCGGAUGAACACCCCGUUUUGAUGACCGAAGCACCUCUCAAUCCGAAAGUAAACCGAGAAAAAAUGAUGGAAAUUUUAUUUGAAACCUUUAGUGUGCCGGCAAGCUAUGUUGCUAUCCAAGCUGUGUUGUCAUUAUACGCCUUACCUCACGCAACGCUCAGACUUGAUUUAGCAGGUAGAGAUGUUACCGAUUACCUCCUGAAAAUUUUAACGGAAAGGGGUUAUUCGUUUACAACAUCGGCCGAACGAGAAAUUGUCAGGGACAUCAAGGAAAAAUUAUGCUUUGUUACAGAAGAUUAUGAUGCGGAUAUGCUUCGAUCCGUUACAACCACGGAUUUAGAAACGCAUUACGAACUACCAGACGGAGAGAUCAUAUCUGUUGGCAACGAAAGAUUCCGCGCAACCGAGUGCCUUUUCCAACCAUCCUUUAUAGGAAUGGAAGCAUUUGGAAUUCACGAAUCUGUAUAUAAUUCAAUUGUUAAGUGUGACGUUGAUGUUCGGAAAGAUCUUUUCACCAAUAUAGUUUUAUCUGGGGGGACGACUCUCUAUGAUGGGAUGUCAGGAAGACUUAAGUCUGAUAUUGGACAUUUAGCUCCGCAAAACAUGGCUGUAAAUGUAAUUGCUCCAUCAGAGAGAAAGUAUUCGGUAUGGAUUGGUGGAUCUAUUUUAGCAUCUUUGUCCACAUUUCAGGACAUGUGGAUUGGUAAAAGGGAAUAUGUGGAAUGCGGUAAAAGUAUUGUUCAUAGAAAAUGCUUCUAAA